GAUAACAAAACUGGUGUGGCACGCACGCAGUGCGCUUUGAAGUGGGACAUUUUGAAAAGGAUUCUGUCUAAAAUCAUCACCUUAAUGUCGACUCGGCUGGAUAUUAACACACCGAUGCUAUGGUUACCUUUAUUACGAUCUUACAGGUGAAUCUAGUGAUGUCCAUCCUGUUGUCCGUCAUGUUCCUCGCGUACCUCUAUGGUAUCCAGGCAACCAAUAUGGAUCGGCAGCAGCCAACCCAGGACCCUCUCAACUCCCUCAUCAUCAAGCUGCUUCAGGCUGACCUGACCAGGGACCGACCCCGACAGGGCCAGGACCAGGGCCAAUGGGACAACCAUGGGGAGGGCCGGGACAAUGAGCCACAGGAUAAGCUACCCCCACUGGGCCUGCCAGGCCCCAACAGCCCCUUAGACGACCCGAUCUCCCCGGACAGGUGGAGCUCGAGCUCUGUCUCCCAGCCACUCACCUCCCUGUCCUCAGAACUGCUGACGCAGCACAAACGCUACAACUCCCCCCGGGUGCUGCUUAGCGACAGGCUGCCCCUCCAGCCCCCGCCCCUUUACCUCAUAGACGACUACACGGGCAGCUCGGACGGCGCUAACAACACAGGCGUCCGCAAGAAGCGCUACGCCGAGCACAAGAGCUACCGCGGCGAGUACUCGGUGUGCGACAGCGAGAGCCAGUGGGUGACCGACAAAACCAACGCGGUGGACAUCAGGGGACGUCACGUGACCGUGCUGGGACAAAUCAAGACCAGCGCCACGGCGGAGGUCAAACAGUACUUUUACGAGACCAAGUGUCGGACUGCCAAACCCUACAGAAGCGGCUGCCGAGGGAUCGACGACAAGCACUGGAACUCGCAGUGCAAGACGUCGCAGACGUACGUGCGCGCGCUCACGCAGGAGAGGAGCACCGUGGGCUGGCGCUGGAUACGCAUAGACACUUCCUGCGUCUGUGCGUUGUCACGGAAACACCGCAGGACAUGAAGCACGGCGGGGGUUGGAGAGGGGGGGGGGGAGAGCUGUACAUAUAAAUUAUUAUUUAAGUUAUAUGAAAUGCAUGUAGUUUAUACAUGUCUAUAUAUAUGAUGUGUAAAUAUAUUUGUGUUAUUUAUUGAAAUAUUCAUCCGAGGAAAAAUCUAUUCAAAGAAAGACAAAAAAAGACAAAAAGAAAGGACCACCUACGAACUCAUAGGAAUGACGCCAACUCGCCGGGCUGUGGGGACGUGGCGUGGCGAGAUUACGUGCCUUGAUUAAGCAUCGGUGCAGAGGGCACAGUGAAAUCACACAGGUCACGGCUGUAGAGGUCGGCCGAUACGGAAGACCGUUCACCAGACAGACACACACACCGAACAUACACGCACACACCCACAAACAUAUCAACGACAGUAUUCCUCACCAAGCUCAUUGUGUGAAAUCAUCACUGCUCUGCCAGUUACUGUAUGUACUUUUUACUAAAAAGAACAUGAUUCAAAUGUCUUUUAAACAUUGAUAAACUAUUCAUUGAUAUAGCCUGAGGGUAUAUACCUUCCGCUUUGCUGAUUCAACCAGGCAACGUGCCCCGUUGCUUUUUGAUAAAAAAAACUACUGAAACUGUAGCAUCUUAAACCACACAGGAACUGCAUGGCCUUCGACUGGGAACUUAACCGUGACCAGGUUACCAGUCUUUUUGGGGCCAGAAAUAGACCCAGAUCCAAUCUGAGAUCUACACAAGUCAUUCCAUUUCCAGAACACUUUCAUGUCAUGUGUGUGAAGGUUAAGGGCAGGGUUACAUCCCAACCAAGACAGCUGUCAUUUAACCAGAGACCCCAGGGGCGAGUGGAAAACUGUUAAACUAGGGGCAGAACAGUGAAGGUGCUAUUAUUCAGGAGGAUUCACUGAACAAGGAAAUACCACAAAAAGUGAAACCCAUUAUAUCCAAAAUCCCCCCAAAAAAGAAUGACCAGAGAAGCUGAAAAAAGGCUGAACUCAUGACUGGGUGUGAAGUUUGGGGAGGAUUGUUCUCUCCCAGAUUCCAAAGUAUUAACAACGGCAGUGUGUUGGCGUGAGAGCAAAGGACCUGCCUGUUGAUGUGAAACAGCCUAGACCUUAAAGAGACAGACGAUGGAACAGAGGUUUGGUUAAGGAGCCAUGUUUGACCAUUGAGGUCUCAACUGAAACCAAUUGUAAAGCUCCAGGCUUCACGGCGGCCAUUUUAAGCCACCGGCGAGCCAAUAGCAGGACUGGUACCCAUUGUGCAACCUUCCCCAACUUCUGCUCUAUGGUGUGACCCGUGGCUAUUAUCCUUGACCAAAGCCUCUCAGAAAAAUGUGACCAAUUAGACCCCUUUGUUGAGCAUUCAUUAACCCCACCCACUUUACGCGACUGCAUCUCUCUCCAGCUCCCCCACCCCAAACACCCAUGUGUGUGAGAGAAACGUAGGACACGUUCUCGUUCUUCGAACAAAAUCCUCAGUUGGACAGGGUAGAAAUGGCAUUUGUUUAGCUGCAAACUGACCGAGGGCAGAACGUGCCAUGGGUAAUGACAUAGCAGUCUUAUGUUGGGGCAAAGCUGCCUUAAGGAGAUGUACAUACGUGCAGAGCUGGGAUUUGAGGGGGUAAUCUGCCCUCUAAGAGGGCUUACCAAUUGGCAGGCCGAGGGGAGGAGAUAACAAUCUCUUCAGCUGGGGACACUAGAAUAAGGCAAGUCUUAUUUUUCCAUUGUGUCUCGCUAGGUAAACCUGCGCUCCAACGUAGACAAACCCAGAAGUUAACAAGGUGGGAACAGGAUUGUGGGAGGGUAACUAAAACGUAACUUGAGAUAUAUACGUAUGCUGGAGCUAAAGAGUUCUGUUUAAAUCCAUUAUUGACAUCAAUGGAAGAUCUGCAGGAAUGUGGGGUUGUGCGUGCAGGGAUGGGGAAUCCAAAAUGGUUUCCACAGCCCAAAGCUAUUCAUGGUAUUCAGAAGACAAGCCAGAGGAGGAUUUACAGGGCAGGAGUUGUCAGUGUUCAGGAGACAGACUGUGUCAGGCUGAAGCUCACGGUUAAACUCUAGAUUUGGCACCUGUCAGACUAACUGGUGGCAUUGAGAUAAGAUGACCCAGAUUAGCAAGCAACACUAAAAAGGUACCCGCAUACCAUAGAAUUUGAGACUUUCAACAGCCCCCCCCCAAAAGAAUUACCAAAAUAUGACCCCUCACAUACCCAAUGUGGAACAUUUCUUUAAAUGGGAAUAUCAGCACAGAGCACAUAUUCAACACAGGCCAAAAGACAAGACAACAUCACCGAUUCUCUAUAUCAACACACUUCACAUAAUCUGGAAACCCAGUAGGAUUUAAAGCGCUAUACUUGUUCGUGUUGUCCUUGGCAUCGCUAGACAGCACACUAUAAGACCUAAAACAUACACUUUGUACAGGCAGAUAAUGAAACGUUUGUGUAGGCAGCCGAAGGAGGAGUCUAAAUUGUGGGCUUCAGGACCUUGGGGGUUAGAGGACAUAGGAGGGAAGGAAAUUAGAAUGUUCUUAACAGAGAAUGAUUGACAGGUGGGGCUCCUGAGGGGGUGUAAGACCAUCUUUGCUUUGUUCCUCAGUGAUAACAGCUGGGAGAGAUCUGACACGCUGACCACCCACUCUACUGUGUGUGUGUGUCGUAAUCACAACUUAGUAUGUAUGGUGUUCUCGAAGAUCCAUACAAAGGAUGUUUCUAUGGGCUAAUGAACUACAAUAUGUCUGAGUGGGAGACAGGUUCACACACACACAGUUUCUCUAUAGACUUGACCGCAAUGCCUUUUUCUGCAACAUGCAUUAAUGCACAAAGACAGGCCUGAGAUCUGGAAGGCACACGACAAGGAACCACAAAUAUCUUUGCAGAACCCAUAAGGACUUGUUGUGGCAGAAAUUGCCUCUCCAAAACUCAAAGAACUUCAAGGAACUCCUAUAGACAGUCCAGAACUCAAAAUAUGAAAUGGACCUCAACUCUACAACGGGCCUGUGUUCUGCAGUAUGGCAAUACUGUGGUGAUUUAUGAAGUUGUAAUGUUUCCCUUUAUUAUUGGAUAUUAGUGUUGAUAAGUCCUGCUGUUGUCCUUCAAUCUUCCAUUGUUGCUGCUUAUUAAACCCCAUCAAUGAGAUCCUUAUCACUGGGCUGAAACCAAUGCACAUAAAACAGGCAAGGACUUUUGCUUUUCGUUCUGCUACCCAUGUUCCGAGCUAUUUGAAAAAAGUACAAGAAUGUGCCAAAACACAUACAUACACAUACACACUUUAAGGAAAAUCGAAAAGAUUCUUGUGUAACUACCGUUUUCCCAUCGUCUCCCCUCCCCUCUCUCCAGACUGCAAGACCACAACUAUGAAAUGUGACAAAAGCAGAUCUCUAUUUUCUUUGUAAAAGUCAGGCUCUCAGUCUGUUGGGUGUUUGUUGUUCAGUGAAGUACCCUCUGUUGCUGGCGUGUGUAACUGCCCCGUACCAGGCCCCCGCCCACGUUAGGCUUGUUUGUUUAGUUUGUCGGAGGCAUCUCCUCUGCUGCCCAUUUCCCUAAACACCCCCCUCCCCUCCCUCCUGGACUCCUGUCUGCUCCGCUGAUACUUGAAGGAGCGCUGAUCUGAGAGCAGCACUUAAAGACACUCUGUACCCCACCCCCCCACCCCCACAUCCCCACAACACCACCAGAAACAGCCGCCUGUCUGUGUGAA